AUGGACACAGAAAAUAAGAGCAGAGCAGAUCUUGCUCUCCCAAACCCACAGGAACCCUCCAGUGCAGGCGACAUUGAACUCUUGGAAGCCUCUCCUGCGAAAGCUCUACCAGAGAAGCCAGCCCCACCCCCACCACAGCUGACAUGGCAGACAUUUUUGAAGAAAGAGUUGGAGUUCCUAGGAGUAACACAAAUUCUGGUUGGUUUGGUAUGCUUCUGUUUUGGAACAAUUGUCUGCUCCGUACUCCACAUUUCAGACUUUGAUGAUGAAGUGCUUUUAUUAUAUAGAACAGGCUAUCCAUUCUGGGGUGCAGUGCUGUUUGUUUUGUCUGGAUUUUUGUCACUUAUGUCCGAAAGAAGAAACACACUGUAUCUGGUGAGAGGCAGCCUGGGAGCAAACAUUAUCAGCAGCAUCACUGCAGGGAUAGGGAUCGUCAUACUGAUCCUCAAUCUGAGCAAUAACUCCGCUUAUAUGAACCAUUGCACUGAUGUAACCGAAGACGAUGGUUGCUUUGUGACUUCUUUCAUCACAGAACUGGUGUUGAUGAUGCUGUUUCUCACCAUCCUGGCCUUUUGCAGUGCUGUGUUGCUCACUAUCUAUAGGAUUGGACAAGAAUUUGAAAGUAAUAAGGUCCCAGAUGAUCGCCUUUAUGAAGAAUUAAAUGUGUAUUCACCAGUUUACAGUGAGUUGGAAGACAAAGGGGAAACAUCUUCUCCAGUUGAUUCAUAAGAAUCAGGGGACCAGGACAACCUGACUCACAGUGUAAUCUUGAAAGUUGAUCUUUUUACAACAUUAUGGCAAAAUUUCUGAUUACUCCACACUCUGUCAGUUUUUCAAUUAGAUUGUUCUGCAGAUGCCAUAUCUUAGUUAUGCUGUGUCUGGUCUUCUAAAUAUCUCCCUUUUGUGGAUAUCAUUCACUCC